AUGGCUUCAGAAAACUUUGUGCAAGCAGCCAUUCCUCGCUUUGAUGGUCACUAUGAUCAUUGGAGCAUGUUGAUGGAGAAUUUCCUAAGAUUAAAGGAGUAUUGGCAAGUGGUUGUGGAUGGCAUACCAGAACCAGCAAAAGGCACAUCAGUGUCAGACGCACAAAAAGCAAAAGCACAAGCAGCAAAGUUGAAGGACCUCAAGGCGAAGAAUUAUCUUUUCCAAGCAAUUGAAGGUUCAAUCUUGGAAACUAUUCUUUCUAAAGAUACUUUUAACCAGAUUUGGGACUCCAUGAAGAAGAAAUAUCAAGGAUUGACGAGGGCAAAGAGGCAGCAGCUUCAAGCACUUCGUUCGGAGUUCGAAACUCUUCGAAUGAAAUCUGGAGAGUCAGUUAUCGACUAUUUUUCACGGGUGAUGACAGUCCUCAACAAAGUGCGGAUCCACGGUGACAAGUCAAAUGAAGUUACAAUUGUUGAAAAGAUUCUUCAGACCAUGACACCAAAAUUUAACUUUGUUGUUUGUUCUAUUGAAGAAUCUCAUGAUAUUGAUUUGCUUUCAAUUGAUGAAUUGUAG